AUGCAUCUCUCCACCGCGUGCUUUCUUGGCACCACUACACAGACGCCUCAGCUUACUUACUCUCUACACAGAAGCACUCAGUACGAUGACCACGGAGACACCAGCGAAGCAAAUCCAUCUGCGACAUUGCGCGCCUUUGAGGAACUCGGCGAUACAACGCCCAAAUGCGGAUGCUCCUGGACGAUCACGAAAAGAGCGCCCGAAGCUGGCCGCGAUGCUCCGGGGAUCGACGGUUCCAGUGUGUUACGACUAUCAGCCAACGACUUUCGCUCCCAAGCCCAAGCGCACGGCGUUGGAACCGUAUAUAACGUGAAACUAUUUCCAACAACAACACCCCAAGAUGAGCCAACCAGCACGGUGAGCACGCAAUAG